AUGUAUUCGUCUUCCAAUUCUUUUUUGGGCGGCACAAAUUCUGCUCGCCCUGGUCCUGCGCCUGGGGGCUUUGGAGCCCAGCAAUCAUUCGGCUCAUUCAGUCAAGCUCCUCCACAACAGCAACCCUCACCCUUUGCACCGCAGCCCACCGGCUUCCCCGGUCAGUUACAAGCCCAACCGACCGGUUUUCCAGGUUAUCAGCAGCAGCAGAGUUUUCAGGCUCCUGCGCAACAACCUCAAUUCACGGGCUAUCCGCCUCAAAAUCCACCGCAGCAACCGCCAUUCCAACAACAACCUCCUCUGCAGGCGCCGGCUUUUCAGCAGCAGCCAUCCUUUCAAGCUCCUCCUCCUGCUCCUGCGCAGCAACCCCCUGCCGCUGCUCCUCUGCGUCCUCAGCAGACUUCGGCCCAGAUCGCGGCCUCCUUUACUCAAGGCUCUUCCCCCAGUGCGCCUGCGCCGAAGAGGAGGGAGAGCAAGAGCUCCAAUAGAAUUCCGAACAUUCGGUUGUCUUUCAUCACUGCUACAGAUCAAGCGAAAUUUGAACAGUUGUUCAAGUCUGCCGCUGGAGAUGGCCAGGCACUGAGUGGAGAGAAGGCUAGAGAUUUACUUUUGAGGUCAAAACUGCCGGGCAGUGCCUUGUCGCAGAUAUGGGUGCUGUCAGAUACCACCAAAUCAGGCCAGCUCCUCUUCCCGGAAUUCGCUCUGGCCAUGUAUCUGUGCAAUCUGAGAUUGACUGGAAAGGAGCUUCCGGCUGUCCUUCCUGAGAAGAUCAAGAACGAGGUAUCAAGCAUGGUCGAUAUCAUUUCCUUUGGUGUCCCAGAUGAGAAGCCUUUGCCACCAACGCGGUCGAAUGUGCCCGACUUUGAUACUCCGCUUAGGCAGAAUGCUGUUUCCCCCCCUGCUCCCCAGCAGCCAACCCCUCAACAGCCUUCAAACCAGCAGCUUUUGACCCAACUAACUUCCCAGCCGACGGGUUUCUACAACCAGGCCACAGGGUUCCAACCCGGGCUCCAGCCGCAGGCCACCGGCUUUCCUGGGCUGUCACAAGGAUUGCAGGCUCAAGCUACUGGUUUUGUGAAUCCUGCCCAGCCUGCUGGUUUUGGGGGUGCUCGACCCUCGUUGCCACUGAUGCCUACGAGCGGCUUCGGUUCCAAUGUUUCACCUCAACAGACAGGUCUUUUACAAACCCAGCCAACUGGCCUUCCUGGUCAAUGGGGCUUCGUCAACACCCCUGCCGGCGGGUUGCCCAACAUCGAGGCUCUCCAGCAGCGCCUGAUGCCCCAAGCUGGUCGUGAAGCCGGUGGCUACACGACGCAAGGGCUUUCCGGGACCGCAAAGAUCCCUUGGGCGGUCACAAAGGACGAGAAAAGGAUUUAUGAUCAGCUCUUUCGAGCCUGGGACGGUCUAGGUCGAGGUUUCAUUGCGGGAGAGACGGCCAUUGAAAUCAUGGGCCAGAGCGGCCUGGAGAGAACUGAUCUAGAGGCCAUUUGGACACUGUCCGAUCCGAAUAACAAGGGGCGGUUGAACAUGGACGAGUUCGCUGUGGCCAUGCACCUUAUCUAUCGAAAGUUGAAUGGGUAUCCGAUCCCAGCUCGACUUCCCCCGGAACUCAUUCCGCCAUCAACAAAGAAUUUCAAUAGCUCUAUUGACACCGUCAAGUCUCUCCUUUCCCAGGACGCAGAAGCCAGAAAAUCCUCUGGCGCAUUCCUGCAGCCACAAAAGACCGGCGUGAGCUAUUUGAAGGACCACUCGUUCCGCAACAGCUCUGCAUCGCCCAACUUCGGUCGCAAGGAUGCAACAGUCUUCCGCAACAAUGACGAUGAUAUUGGGUAUCGUUCAAGCGCCAGACGUCGCCUUGGACAUGGGGGUAGAACCCCCUCCCCAGCUCCGUCAUCGGAUAUGGGAGAUAGUGUCUACGACGAUUUGACCCCCGAUCAAAUCAGGAAAAAGAUCCGUGAGAAGAAGAUCUUGCUUGACGCUACUGACUUCCAGGAUGAUCGACAAGCGGAUGAUGACGAUGUGUUGGAUCGAAGAGAUAGACGCGAGGCUGAAGAACUCUUCAGGCAGAUCCGACGAAUCCAGGAUGAUAUUGACACGCACCCUAAUGCUGGACUUGCUGGCGGUGAUACAGGCGCAGAAAGGAGGGCAAUGAGAAGGGAGCUACAACGAUAUCAGGAUCGCCUACCAGCAUUGGCGUCAGACGUGAGAAAGGUCGAGAGGAACAUUGCUGAAGCCAAGUUACAACUUUUCCGCUUGAAGGACGCCAAAGCUCACCCGAGCAGCUCCUCAAACAUUGUUGGAACCGGGCCUAAUGGCACGGUCACUGAAACCGAUCGCAUCAAAGCACGAGCGCGGUAUAGGAUGCAAGCUCGAGCUGCUGAACUUGCUGGGCGCCCUCCCCCAGCCACUGAUGACGAAGCUGGUGCGCAGAGACGAUUGGAGGCAGAGUCUUCCAUAGUCAAAUCAGAACAAGAGCGGCACGAGGCCAUGACUCGAGAUGUUGAAGAUAGCGUCAAGGACUUUGUUUCGAGCCUGGAGGAUGGACUGCGAGAUCAAGGAGAGAACGCGACUCAGGAACACGAGCGCAGGAGGUGGGAGGAAGCUCUGGGGGUGGAAGAUCAGAUCAAAGAACUCAUCUAUGACCUCCAACGUAGCAGCAGGACGGCGAAGAUUCGCAAAGAGGAGCAAUCACGCCCAGCAAAGCAACCACCUCGCGACUACUCGCACGAGGAAGCACAGUCAACGAAUGGCAGCUUGGCUUCGCGACCAGCCCCAACGUUCACCACGUCCGCCACUUCCGUGACAACAGGCCACUCGCACCAUGACCGCAUUGCCACUGCAAAGGAGAAAGCUCUAAAACGGGUCCAAGAGCGAAUGGCGGCUGCCGGUCUCAAGCCUACUGUGGAGCCUAGUGAAAGUCCUCAGCAGCGGCAGGAACGCGAGAAGCAAGAGCGAGCCGAAAAACUCCGCAGGGCCGAGGCCGAAGAUGCCAAACGUGAGCAAGAACGUCAGCAGAGACUCAACAAUGAGGGAGUAGUUCCUCCGAGUCCGAAAGCUGACAAGAAGCCGCCUCCUCCACCCACUCGAAAGCAGAGGCAAGAUAGCACAGAUUUCUCCGCAAAGAAAGCCGCCGAGGCAGCAGCCCGCGCUAAAGCGGAAGAGGAAGCGGCGGCACAGAUCAGGGCCGAGCAGGAGGCAGAGGCGCGUGGACGCGAACGGUUGGAGGCGCAAGCCAAAACGCAAGAAGACGAGCUUGAGAGGGAACGCGAGGCCGCUCAAGCCCGCUUACGUGCGCUUGAAGAGCAAGUCAAGGCUGGUAAGGUCAAGAAACAGGAAGAAAAGGCUCGCAAGCGGGCAGCAGAGAAGGAGGCGAAGGAGAAGGAGGCCAAGCUCGCUGCACAAAGAGCUGAGCUUGAAGCGGCUAGAGAGAGAGAGCGGCAACUCCAGCUUCAACUGGAGCAGUUGGGAGACGACUCGUCGUCAGACGACGAUGACGAUGGCCCACAACAGAUUACUCCUCAAGAGAGCACUCCAGCAACCAGCCAAUUGCUCACUGGCUCAGUCGCUUCCCCACCAUCAAGUGCUGCUCCUGUUGAACACUCUACAAGCAGUGGCUAUGAGCCUACACCGGUUUCAAGCCCUCCCGCCGCUGAAGAAUCCAGGAACCCAUAUUUCCGAAAGCUUUCCCAAUCAGUACCGUCUGAGAAUGGAAAGCCAGUCUUUUCUCCACCGCCUGUCCCACAGACCCAAACGUUUUCACCUCCACCAGUCGCUCCUCAAGCCCCGGCACCACCGGCGGAAAGUCUACCAUCGACAAAUCCUUUCCAUCGAAUUGCUCAACAGGAGGCCGCUAAGCCAUUGACUCCCAGCUUUACUGGUGCCCAGUCACGACGUCGUCCCGAGGAGGAUGAAUGGUCGGCAGCAGGUUCGGAAAAGGAUGAAGACAGUGACGACGAAGCCGAUCACCCGGGUGGCGGAUCAGCAAAGCACUUGGCUUCGAUUCUAUUCGGCACCAUGGCACCACCUAGACCAUUGUCUGCUAUGGACAGCAAACCCCAAACGCCUGUUCAAGAGCCACCACCUAUUCCAGGUGCAUUUGACUCCGCUUCCGCUCCUCCACCUCCACCGAUGCCGGGGACUAAUGCACCAACAGCACCGCCGCCACCUCCAAUGCCAGGCUCCGGUGCUUACGGUGCACCCCCACCACCACCUCCCUUCCCUACUUCGGAUGCCCCGGGAGGACCGCCGCCACCACCACCAAUGCCUGCACCUGCCCGUUCCGGAACCGGCGAUAUUGGUGCCUUGCUUGGCGAGAUUCAGAAAGGUAGAGGUUUGCGAAAGACUGAAACGAAGGACAGGAGCGCAAGCGCUGUUGCGGGGAGAGUCCUAGAUUAG